GCCUACGUAUUUUAGUAUAGCCUCAGCUGUACAAGGAUGUAAAUAAAAAGUUUGCUGGGAUUUCAAGUCCCCAGAUCCACUGCUGUUUCUCAGAGACCCUACGCCUCUAUUGACUAGCUAGCUGUGCGCUUCACCGAUAUAAAAACGCAGUAAACUUUAAUCGCAGCCUUCUCCAGAAUCACACGCCGUUAAGUGGACCUAAACACUUGUACGUGGUGUUUUGAUAGAAACAGCUAUUUAAAAAGAAAAUGGCGACGCAAGCAGAAACCGACAGCGAUGAAAUUAAACGAGGCCAUCAUGAAACAGAAGUCUGUUACGCAGGUGAAGCAGAUUUAGACAAGCACGAAGCCAAGUGUGAGAAACAUCCAGGCCACGAAGAGUUCAUCCCCGCAGGCGAAUUCAAGUAUGAAAAUCUUCCAGAACGCUAUCGAGAUCCGACGGUACUGAAUAUUGUCAAGUCUCUGGCCGCGUUAACGGUCAAGGUGAAGGUCACUUACGUUAGUACGGAACGUCCAAAGCGCGCCAGCUUUUAUACAGGGGAUUACCCGUUUUAUCAGGAGAGAGGAACAUCGCUGAUCAGGUACGGCACAGGUCGAAUUGAAGACGUUUAUUUUAAUUUCGGUCCGACGGUGAAAAUGAAACAUCCAGAAUCUUGUCCAUGUGAACUGUGCAUUCAGAAUGGGGAACCGCUGAAAGAAUGUGGGGUGAUUAUUGUAGUCACAUCAAUGCAGCUGGUGUUUGAUGGGGAAGAGGCAACAAACACACAGGUUUUUCUGGAAUGGGAGGACAAUACGACUCUCACUUUUGUUGGUUCGUACAUGAAUAGCAGGAGGAAGGACGGAGACAGAGUGGAAAUGGCAUGUGUGACUUACGAUCUUGAGUUUGCAAAAAAGCUUAAAGAUAUGACACGAGCGUUUUUUCAGGACCAUAGGUCUAUCAAGAUGAAGUAUCAUCGAAACAACCUUGCUAGGGAAGAAAACGUGGUGUUUAUAGUAUCCUUUCCUCACGGCAAAUCUAAAAAGGUCUCCAUCGGUUAUGUGAUUAAAGAAAUAUCCUGGAAAUAUACAGUGAGAUACACCAAGUACUCCUACACUGCACCCACCUGUCCAGGCAGCAGCGGCGCCCCAGUUUUUGUAAUGGGGUACAAUGGGUGCUAUGUACACACCCACGCAGGGAGGAAUAAAGUUGAGAAUUUCAGCGGUGAGUGAUGCUGGAUUUCUCCAAAUCCUAGCACUCGUCCAGCAAAAAAUACUACA